AUGUAUGGGAACCAUGUUACAACUAUUGAAGCUCAGACUCAAAUAAUGGUGCGCAACGCUCUCCGCAGCCAGGUGCCAGUCCCCGGAGUUCUUGGUUGGGUGAAGGAUGGAGGUAGCCACGGCAGGAAGCCGUUGACAGAUUACCUUCUCAAACCUACCCCAAACUCUCAGGGCCAUUCCAAGGUCCAGAUCUGGUCAAGGAAUUUCAAGACAUCUGCCAAAUGGAUAUCAACAUUGAAACACCCCAUUGCAUUCGCGCAUGAUGAAUUUUUUCCCCGCCAAAUAUCCUGUUAUCGUGAGACCCGAAGCCCAAAGUAA